AAGCAACAAGUGUCAUGUUUGGUAGUAUACAAAAAGUUAGGUAGCGGAUGGAAGAAUCAAGUUUCAACUUGAUUUUACCAAAACAAACCCAAAAGGAGACCAAAACCAAAACAUGGAAGAAUCAAAUGUCUGAUUUGGAUUGUUUCCUGUUCGAGUAAGUAAACCCUAAUUCACUACCUCCUCCUUAGACGAUGCUUAAACUUCUGAUUUCCCCUUCUUCCUUUGGUAUCCUCCUCCUGCUGUUUAUUCCGGUUUUCCUCCUUUCCUCAAUUCAAAUCGUUUACGGGGAUGAAGACUACGAGGCGCAGCUUCUAACCUCAGCUAAACAUGACACAGAUUGGUUGAUUUCAAUCAGAAGGAAAAUCCAUGAGAACCCUGAACUCCGUUUCCAAGAGCACAACACCAGUGCUCUUAUUCGCAAUCAACUCCAGAAACUUGGAAUUUCUUACACAUACCCACUUGCCCGCACUGGUUUUGUAGCUCAAAUUGGCACUGGCUCCCCUCCUAUUGUAGCUCUUCGUGCUGACAUGGAUGCACUCCCUUUGCAGGAACUGGUUGAAUGGGAGCAUAAAAGCAAAAGGGAUGGUGUAAUGCAUGGAUGUGGGCAUGAUGCUCACACGACCAUGCUCCUUGGUGCUGCUAAGUUACUUAAUCAGAGAAAGGACCAUCUCAAGGGAACUGUUCGACUGAUUUUCCAACCGGCUGAGGAGGGAGGUGCCGGUGCAUCAGUUAUGAUAGAGGAAGGUGCUCUUGGUGGUGCUGAGGCUAUAUUUGGAAUGCAUGUUCAUAGUUCACUUCCCACCGGAAGCAUUGCCACUCUUUCAGGACCUAUGAUGGCUGCUACAUGCUUCUUUGCAGCUAGAAUAGAAGGUAAAGGCGGUCAUGCUGCUGAACCUCACAACAGUGUGGAUCCUGUACUUGCUGCAUCAUCUACUGUUUUGGCCUUGCAACAACUGAUCUCCAGAGAAUUAGAUCCCCUCCAAAGUCAAGUGCUAUCAGUUACUUAUGUUAGGGCUGGUGAAGCAUUAAACGUUAUUCCGUCAUAUGUUGAACUACGGGGAACGCUCAGGAGUCUUACGACUGAAGGCUUGCAACAUCUUCAGCGAAGGGUAAAGGAGGUCGUUGAAGGGCAGGCAGCUGUUCAUAGAUGUAAAGGUUCAGUUGAUAUGAUGGAAAAGGAAUUCCCGCCUUAUCCGGCUACCAUCAAUGAUGAGACCUUGAAUAGGCAUGUGAACAAGGUGGGUUCGCUAUUGCUUGGUGCAGAGAGAGUUAAGGGGUCUAAUCAAGUGAUGGCUGGUGAGGACUUUGCUUUCUAUCAGCAGAAGAUCCCUGGAGUUAUGUUUGGCAUCGGAAUACAUAAUGAGGAUAUUGGUUCAAUUCACCCCCCACACUCUCCUUAUUUCUUUCUUGAUGAAGAUGCUCUUCCCAUUGGAGCAGCAUUGCACACUGCUCUUGCAGAGUUAUAUCUCAAUCAACACCAAACCUCUUCUACAGUGUAAAUAAUCUCAAUUGUGAAAUUGGCCAAAAUGAUCUCUUUCCAAAAACACUUUCCAUUUUCUAUGUAACAGUGAUGUAAAUGUAUAUACAGCUACUUUUUUCUUGAACAAUUGAGGCUGCAUCCAACAUGUUCUUUCUC